GUUAAUUUGUUAAUAACUUCUGUACAUUAUUAAAGAUAUUACUUGCUGAUAAUAAACAGUUUAGAUCUCUUAUUUGAAAUAUUAAUUAAAUUGGAUAAAAUUAUGCUUAUCCGAUGCGGUUUGCUCAAAAUUUACGAAUUUGGCAAAAAUAAUUAUAACCAUGAAAAAGUAUCUUUCAAUACAUUGUGAAGAUAAUUAAAAUUUUUAAUUGCGAUCUAACAAUUUGAAAGAACAAUUUGGAAAUCAAAUUGCGUUUCUAAAUUGCAGAAGCAUGUCAAGCAGUGCGAAGGUAUGCACCCCGCUUCCUAAAAGCCUGACUAGUCACAUCAAAAUCUGUGAGAACACUCAGCAAUAUGUCAUUAAUUUUUUGCAAAAUUUGUUGCCUCCAUCAGAUUGUAAAUUCAUUCCAGAUGAACUGCGAAAGACCUUUAUAUUUAACAAGAUUAGACCAAAAUUCAAGCAGAAAGUAAAGAAAGGCAAAUGCUUUUCGAACAGGAAGAGACUGUGCCUUGGCUUGGGCAGAAUUGGCAAUAGAAAUCAAAUGAAGUAUUCUGAUCUUCUGCCUUUAAAUCACUUAUGGUUACAAUACAUGCGAGAAAUGCUCGGUAUCGAAUCAUUUACCAGUAUACCAAAGAAUCCUGGCAGUCCAAAUUGGGAGAGCUUAAACCUACAAUUGAUAAAAGCUGACUUUCAUGGUGCUAAAAUCUCGAUUGAUGGAUCAAGAUGUCCCAGUUUGGUAGGAGUUAUGGGAAUCGUCAUACAAGAUACUCAGAACACUUUCAGGAUUUGUGGAAUGGACAAUGUUAUUCGAACAAUACCAAAGAAUGUAGUUAAGAUUAAUGUUCAUUUGGAUGAUGGUAUAACAUUAAAAGCGUUUGGAAAAGAACUUUCUGUUAAACCAGAAAAGCGAGCAAAAAAGAAGAUUAAGAAUAAUUCAAUUAUAAUGUUAUAAUCAUUAUUUAAGAUAGAUUUAAUUGAUUCAUGCUAUGCCUGUAGAAACUCAUAGUGUUAAAUCUUAAUAAAGAAAUUAUUGCAGAGGAAGUUGAAAAAUGUGACAAAAAUCAGUAUAUAAA